CCAGUGCAGACCCGCAUGUUGAUACUUAAAAAAGGCCUGUCACCUCGCUAACAAGGCUGCCUGCGAAUGUCACUUGACACUUCAUCCACACUCUGGGCCACCGAACACUUCUUUAUUUCCGAUUUAACUAGCGACUUUGAAUAGUUCCCUUCGUUCUUUCUUGUCUUCGUCAUUGAUAUUGUAGCUAUGAAACAACCGAGAGGGCAAUACCCUCCCAACCAACAUUCGGCGACUGUCGAGCUCAACCCUCUCUCCUCGCGUUAUUCGUCCGCGCUAGAGUCUCCAUUUUUCAGUCCUCGGACUCAUGACUCUCGAAGACGAUGGAAAUGGAAACUUCGGAACUUUGCGUCCAAGUUCUGGCUAUGGGAAAUGUUCGCCUGUCUCAUAUCACUUGGUGUUGCUGGGGUUAUAUAUUGGCAGUUGAAGACAUUGGAUGGCCAGCUUAUAUGGUACUGGGACUAUGGAUGGUCUCCUACAUCAGGUCUUGCAUUUGCUGUUACAAUUACAAAGGCCUCUAUGAUGAUCCCAGUUGCAUCUGCUCUAGGCCAACUGAAAUGGCAUUGGUUCAGAACGUCACGUAAGCUUGACGGGAUGGAACACUUUGACGAAGCUAGUAGAGGUGUCCUCGGUUCGUUGCGACUCUUGUGGAGGCUUAAAUUCUGGCGUCUUGCUUCUGUUGGUGCCUUCAUCACUAUUUGCACUCUAUCUCUGGAUGCUCUAUCCCAAAAUGCAGUUCAGGUCAUCUCCGUUCCAUCUAAUACCUAUGGAUGCUACGUCGCGCGAACAAACACCUUCAACGUCUCGAGUCGCUUCAGCCAGAGGAAAAAGGACCUUCCGCCUUCGGACAUGCUUUCAGCCAUUUACUACGCCAUAACGACGGUCGGCAUGCCUAAUCUAGAGCAAGGCCUUUUCGAGUGCGCAUCUGGCCAAUGCGACUUCGGCACUUACGACUCUCUUGCCAUAGAUUAUCAGUGCAUUUCCUCUGACAUUACCAAAAACGGCUCGAUAGUACAGCACCCAGGUCUUACAGACCCAUACUUCUAUCUCGAUACAACAAGCGGAAUUAUCCAAUCAAACACAACGCGGGACCUACCUGACUCUGGAGACUUUCAUGGCCUUGGACCUCUCAUUUCGAGGUGGCUUGUGCUCGCAAACCCGAGCACUAUUAACCCAGAGCCACUGGGUAUGGAUUGCGCCUUCUACUGGACCAUCAACACGUACCACUCUGAGGUCAUGAAUAGCAGCUUUCGUGAGGAAAUUAACUCCACCUGGACUAACGAGACGACGGAAUCCACCCACAAAGAAGACAUCUACCUUAUCCCAGAUUCUUGUUGGCGCAACAACAUAUCAAUCUCUAAGACCGAUGCGGAGUAUCCAGAUUGCACGAACAUCGUCUACAACUUCGCGCACAGAUCUCUGCAAUCGUGGUUCGAUCUUUCAGAUUUUUCACUUACCGGUUGGGGCUUAAAUGAUACACAAUCAACUGACAAGCGCCUGUAUUGGGAUUUUACCAGCAUUUUUAUGCAGGCGAUAAUGGCAAAUCUUACGGACUCGAAUCAAACCGAGGUUGCGAAUACCAUCCGGACUACGGCUAAGAGACUCAGUAGCGCGAUGACGACGCUUCUAAGGCAAAAACCGUUAUGGACGACAAACACCACUUCAUUUUAUGGGAUAUCGAAUGGGACGACAAUUUGGCCGGAAGAUGUGUUUUAUCAAAUCAGAUGGGAAUACUUGAUUUUCCCGUUUGUCUUAGUUGGUAUCAGUACAGUUUUCUUCCUCGCUACAGUUAUAUUUACACGGGGAGAGGGAGGUUGGAAAUCUUCACAGCUAGCCGUCAUCUUCCAUGGGCUGUCGGAGAACGAUGCCAAGGCAGUUGGAAAUGUGAGAGGGUAUGCGGAUAUGAGAGAGCUCGGCAGGGACAUGCAAGUUCAGCUAGUAGAAACUGAUACCGGGAAGAAGCUGGUUAGUAGGGAGGUUUUGAUGGGGAUGUAAUAGCUAUAGAAAUAUUAACGUUAUGACGAGAAACGGCUUUUAGAUAGAAAGAGGUUGGACGAAAUGCAGUGUACAGUGUUGUAUAUAAACUUUCAGUUCCUAUGAUCGAGCUACGAACCCGAGCAGACAUUCCAGCCUGCUUUGUACGCAUUGAAACGCCGUGAACCCCGCCAU